UAGGUCUUUGUUCCUCCGCUUCCACUCUCUCUCUCUAGCUUUCUCUCUCAUCAGACAUUUUUAUGGUAUUCCACAUUUAUCCUCACCACACCACAAAUCUGAAUUUCGUUUUCCCCCAUAACAACCAACCUCCAUUGUCGAUCCCAACUUCUCUUGCCGCCCUUUAAUCUCCGGCGAUCCGUUUUCCUCUGUUCCGACCGCCGGCCGCCGCGUCACUCCGGUUUGUUUUUCUCCGCCGUCGGUCGCUCCGUAGCUAGGGUUUUGAAAUUAGGGUUUCAUUUUCAGAUUCGACCGCUAAGCAUCCCUCCGCGUUCGAAUUAGGGUUUCCUAUUUUGGAUUUGGCGGCUCAAUUCCCGUUUGAAUAUUUCAAAUUCGGGCGUUUGAUUUUGAAAUUUGGGAUUCGAGGUUGAGCGCUUCUCAGUGAUGCCUAGGAGUUCGAGGCACAAGUCUAGCAAGCAUAGUUCGAAGGAGGCAAAGGAGUACUCGGAUUCGGAGAAGGAUUCGGGCGUGAAGGAUCGGAAGGGGAAAGAGGAGAGUAGCGGGGUUAGGGUUUCGAAGGAUUCGAACUCGAGUGAGAAGCAGAAGAUUGAUUCGAAGGAUGGGAAGGACCUGUAUGGCGGUUCGGGAAAUGGGGAUAAUUCGGAGGACUACAGUUCGUCGAAGCGGCGCAAGGAGAGGAUGGAUGACAGAGCGAGCGAUAGGUGGAAUGGCGGCGACGAUGAUCACCGAGGCGGCGGCGAGGGUUCAAAGAAGUCAUUGAAGGCCUCAGGGGAUUCGAAGAGUAAGAGGAGGGAUGAAAGUAUGGGAAUGUAUGAAGAGGCCGAGGUGGUGAAGAAGAGUAGUAGCAGUGGGAAGGGUGAGGGGAGGCAUAGGGAUAGGGAUUCUAGUCGGAAGGAGGGUAGGGAUGGUGGGGUGGAGAGAGACAGAGAUAAAGAGAAGGACAGGGAAAGGAAAAGUAAGGAGGGGCGAAGCGAGAGAUUGGUUGUUGGUGAUGAACAUCGUUCGGUGGGGAAGCAAGUCGUCGAAAAUUCUGAUCUGAAUGCUCAGUGUGAAUCUGGAAGUCCUGAACCAGAUAACCAACUUGAAAGACGAAUGAGGAAAAGAAGAGAUAGCUCUAUUGAUGUGGACAAACAUCAAGUUGAUAUGGGAGACAUCAAUGAUAGAAGAUUAUCUUCGAGGGAUGAUACUGGCAAGGAUGGAAGACAAAAAGAUGAGAAACGCAAAGAGGACAGGUACAAAGAGAAGCAUCGAGAAGAUGUUGACAGAGACAAUAAGCAUCGGGAUGACAGACAAAGAGAUGAGCGCUCCACAAAGGAUCAGUUUAGCAGCAGGUCUGAAGAUAAGCAUGUAAAAGAUGAAAAAGACACUCCAGAAAUGCAAAAUAAGAAAUCUAAAUUUCAUGAUGGUGAGCGCAAAGGAGAGAGUGAUCGGGAUAGGGAUCGCCAUCGGGACUUAAACCCUGUGAGGGAUCGCGAUCGUGACCGCUAUCAUGAUCGUGAGCGUGAGCAUGAACGUGAGCGCGGUCGUGAUCGUGAUCGUGAUUAUGAUCGUGACCAUGAUUGGGAUUGGGAUGGUGAUCGUGAUCGUGAUCGAGAGCGCAAUCGUGAGCGAGAUCGUGACCGUGAGAGAGAACGUGAUCGAGAUAGAGACCGUGAUCGAGAUAGAGACCGUGACCGAGAUCGAGACUAUGAUCAAGAUCAUGAUUUUGAUCGGGAUUAUGGUAGCUCUCAUCAUGAUGACCGGACUUCCAGAUACAAAGAUAGCAAGGCAAAGAGAAAAUCUCCUGAUGAUCGUGAUGAUUUUAGUGAUAUUCCAUCUAGAGGUUCCAAAGCUCGUCAUUCUGAUAUGGAAAAGAAGUCUAUAAGUGGCGAUCGAAGUGAGUCAGAUGCUAAUAAGGGAAGAUCUCAUUCUCGGCAAACUCAUGUAGAUGCUAUUGGGAGCAGUGACAAACAGAGGAAUUCCCCAAGUUCUAGUCCGCAUGUAGGCUUAGAUGAGUUCAGGUAUCUAAAUCCAGAAGAUUUGAAGUACAGAGAUUCUACAGCAGAACAAAGGUCCAAAGCAGUUCCUUCAAAAGAUGCGUCUGGUUUUUCUGGAGCAUUGGAAAGAGGUUCCAAAUACAGAUCUGUGGAGAAACCCCCUAAAAUUGAUGACACUAUGUUAGGAGAGCUGUCAAAUGAAAAGUCUUCUAGUUCUAAAGCUUCGCCCUUGGGCUUGAUGGAGAGAUCUCCUUCAUCUUCAAGUAUUGACCGCAGGUACAUGAAUAGGCCUGGUGCUAGGCGAAGCCUUGACAUCGAAGAAACGGGGCGUAGAAGCAGUGAUUAUCGAGAUUUUGGUAUUUCUGAUGAUAGACUGAGUCGUGACUUGCCAUCAGAGAAACCUUUGGUGGACGAAUCCUCUCCAGUCGAUUCAUCCUUUUACAAUAGAAAUAAUCAGGCUAACUCAUCUUUGAUUCCUCCACACCCUGUGUUCAGGGCUGGAAUUGAUAGCCCUUCUUUUACGGGUCCAAUGGAAGAUGAUAGUAGGGUUAAUUCCGGUUCACGUUACCGGAGGAAUGGUGACCCCAAUAUAGGAAGAGGGCAUAAUAAUGCUUGGAGAGGUGUUCCAAACUGGACUUCACCACUACCAAAUGGCUUCAUUCCUUUCCAACACGGGCCACCUGGAGCUUUUCAAGGGAUAAUGCCGCAGUUUCCAGGUCCACUUUUUGGUGUUAGACCUUCCAUGGAGAUCAAUCACACUGGCCUGCCUUAUCACAUCACCGAUACUGACAGAUUUUCCAGUCACUUGCGUCCUCUUGGCUGGCAGAAUAUGAUGGAUGGCACAGGGCCAUCUCAUUUGCAUGGCUGGGAUGGAAGUAAUGGUGUCUUUAGGGACGAGCCUCACUUGUUUGGGGCAGCUGAGUGGGACCAGAACAGGCAUCCAAUGAACAGUCGAGGAAGGGAAUCCAGUGUUGACACGUGGAAAGGACAAAAUGGAGAUGCAAAAAGGGAUUUGCUUUCUCCAUCCCACAAAGAUGAUUAUCCCGUGCAGGCCACAGUAGAUGAUGCUUUGGCUGUUCAGGUUGGUCAGGUGUCUAAUCAUGAAGAUAAUCGCGAACAUGGCAUUCAGGGCAAAUUAUCUGAAACAAGGUCUGGUGUAACUUCUUCUGCAGAAGAGUCUCCACCUAAAGUUAUCCAUGAGAAGAAACUUGAACCGUCUAAAUCUUCAAAGGAUGAUAUUUCCUCUUUAAGCCGCUAUUAUCUUUCUAAGCUUGACAUUUCUGCGGAACUUGUACGUCCAGAGUUGUAUAACCAGUGUAGGAGCUUUCUAGACAUUGAUAAAAGUGAAACUAUUGAUGAAGAGACCACUAGGCCUAUAAUGUCAAAGGACCAUUUAAGAGCUGGAGCCAAAUCAUUCAGAACAUCGUGGAUUUCCUCACAUUUACCUGCCAUAAAGGAUUCUGUAUUUCAGAGGGCUAUGGAUCUGUACAAGAAAGGCCGCCUGGAAGCAGGAGGAAGACCAUUUUUGUCGAAGAGAACACUGGAUAUUGUAUCAAAGUCCAAACAAGAAAAUGUGGAAGAACAGGUCCACCAUGAUGCGGGAAAAGUCGAGGACCCAGUUCCAACUUCAUAUACGGAAAUGGUGGAUGCACCAAAUUCGAAUUUGGACGUGGAGAAUGUUGAAGCUAUUUCCUCAGUCGCUGCUGAGGACAAAAUGGUGGUUGUUUUGACGCCCAGUCACGAGGUGCAGAAUCACAAUUCUCCUCGUUCUCCAAGGUUGGAGAUACCGGUUAAAGAUGAUUUUCAGGACAACCUAGGGGAGACGCACACUACUUUUGAUGGAGUGAAAACGGAAGUGAUAUCUUCCGAGCUAGUGAAAUUAGAGGAUGCAAAUGCUGAUGGCUCUGCAUCACUCGAUAAUGCAUCACUUCCCGUGGCAUCUCUAUCAACCAAUGGUGAUAAUUUAAACGAAAUUAGCAAGGCCAAUGGUGGCUGUGCUGUUUACCAGGCUGAGGAAAGUCCGGCUUUUGGUGAUGCUAUGAGUGGUCCUGUGUUAGUUCCAGAUGGUUCUCCCAAGGAUUGUGAGGCUGUGAUGUCUGGGUCAAAUGAGUCUGAGUCGGUAAAUUUAAGUCGGAUACAUCAUUCUCCUGAAAGUACACAUUGAGACAAUUUCUAUAUCCCGUUCUUUUUAUUGCUUUUGGUAAGUUAGUUCUUUUGCGGUUCCAUUUCUUGUUGCUUUUUCGUUUUAUCAAGGAAAUAAAACUAAAAUAUGCCUUUUCUUCUUCUUCCAAA